ACUGUCUGGAGAGCUCCUCACAAAUUAUUAAGUCGUUGUUAGUAAGAGAUUGGAUUUUAUCUAGCUCUUUACAUUUUAGUUCAACAUGGCAGUGAAAUUAAUAGUAUUUGUUUUGUGCAUAACUUUAAUUAAUGAAAUAACUAGUCGAUCAUUGCCUUCAUACAUUAAACCAUGCAAGCGAGAUGACCCUAACAUUAAUGAAUGUUUAAUGAGGUUAAUGGAAAACAUUCGACCCUAUAUUAGUAAAGGAAUACCAGAAAUGCAUGUAUUACCUUUAGAUCCAAUAAUGAUACCAUCUGUGACUUUGAAUCAAAAUUCAGCUGGUUCAGUUAAUUUUAUCGCUUUGUUCACAGAUUUGAAAGGUUACGGAGGAAAAAAUUUUCAAAUACAUAAAAUCAAAGCUAGUAUUAAAAAUCAAUCUUUGGAGGUUGACUUAAAUUUGCCUUUGUUCAGAAUUGAAUCUAGAUACGAAGUUAAUGGACAAAUAUUAGUUCUGCCUAUUAAAGGAAAUGGCAAAUUCGUUGGAAAUUUUACUAACGUUCAUGUAAAGAUUAAGUUUGAAUUAAAAAUCGUUGAAAAAAAGAAUCACAAAAACUUUAUUGAGAUUAAAAAAAAUAAAAUAAAUCUAGAAAUAGGAGCAGCAAAAUUACAUUUUAGCAAUUUAUUUAACGGUAACAAAGAAUUAGGUGAUCAAACUAACCGAUUCAUAAAUGAAAACUGGACGGAUCUACUACAGGAAACAAGACCUUUGAUUGAAGACACCGUAGAUGCUAUAAUUCUGGGCAUUUUCAAACCCGUAAUUGAAACAUUUAGUAUGGAUGAUCUAUUUCCAGUCUAAGUGAUGAUACAAUAAGAUAUUUAAUAAAAAAAUCUCUGUUGCUUACGUCAAAAAAAAUGUAAUUUUCUAAAUUACAUA